CGCGCAACUACUUCAAGCAAUCGUCAACUCCAACUUGUAAUCUAAUCAAACGGAAUGGGGGACCGACUCACGCAGCUGCAAGAUGCAGUUGAUCAGUUUGCACAGCAGCUCGUUGCUGCUAUGCACUUUGUCCACGUCCACCACGAUCUCCAGACGCUAGGACCGAAAGACAAGAUCCGCGAACCCAAGGAGCAAGUUCCAAGAGAAGUGGACGCGCUGCCUCCUCAAGACUUUCGAGCUGGCAUGGUCGAGCUGUCGCGCGACUUGAUUGUUAAGGAGCAGCAAAUCGAAGUCCUCAUCUCCACGCUUCCUGGACUCGACAAUAGUCAACAAGAUCAAGAGCGGCAUAUCAAGGAUCUCGAGGAAGAUCUAAAGACGGCCAAGACGCAGCGGGUGGAAGCGCUGAAGGAGAGGGACAACAUAUUAACCGAACUUGACGCUAUCAUCCGCACCUUACGGCGGCCAUGAGCUGUGCGUACCUCCAUUUGGCAUGCGUAACAGCUCGCCAACCUGCUUUAUUUGCAUAGCGAGGCGUUUGGGUUAUCGAAUCGAAUCGGAUCUCCAUCAUCAUCUUUGAAAGAUUACAGAAUAGAUUUGGGAAAUACAUAUACU